CCCAAAAAUUAAAAUUCUGUAGAAACCCUAGGUGAAAAAGCCCCAAAUCGGCACUGCACGCACACUCCAUCUCCCUCUUUCUCUCUCAAUCGGCGGAAUUGACUCGUAGAUUUUUCUACGCUCUGGCUAUGGCUAUUCUACACCAAGGCUGCAGCUUUAUUCCUUGAAGAUUGUAAUACAGCUAUUAUUUUACUCAAUUCCGGGUUUUAUCUAUGAAGCGUGGUAUCUUUAGUGGUUGUAGCCAUGCUGUUUGACAUAUUGCCUCAGAGAGAAAGAAGAAAAAUGAGCAAGCGGCCUCCUCCCGAUCCCGUGGCUGUUCUCCGAGGCCACCGCGCUUCUGUUACAGAUGUUUGCUUCCAUCCAGUCAAGAACAACAUCCUUUUCAGUGGAUCCACCGACGGGGAGCUGAGAAUUUGGGACACGUUGCAGCGUAGGACCAUUUCAUCAUCAUGGGUUCACACCGCAGCUCAUGGCAUCAUCAGCAUUGCUGCUGCUGGGGAGAACAGACUGAUUACUCAAGGAAGGGAUGGAGCUAUCAACUCCAGAAGCCCUCUCACCACGAUCAAUACCAAUUCGUAUCACUUCUGCAAGCUCUCUGUUUUCGACAAGCCCCAUGCUGAAGCUGAGGUUGGCUCGGAGACUGGAGGGCGUAAUUAUGUUGCCACAGCUGGGGAAGACUUGUCUGUGGUUGAGAUUUGGGAUGUUAACACUGCUGAAAAGCUUGUGAAGCUGCUGCCUCUGAUCUCAGUGGAUCGUUCUGCAAAGUUGAGAGGAAUGUGCAUGGCUAUCGGAGCCUUUUUGCCAUCCGAGUCAGAGGUUUAUGCACACGUUGUUGCUGGGUUCGAGGAUGGAUCAAUGGUGUUAUGGGAUUUGAGAAAUCCUUCCUUGCCGGUGACUAGUGUGAAAUUCCACUCGGAGGCAGUUCUAAGCUUGUCUAUUGACAGUUGGUGUGGAGGAGGGGUUUCGGGAUCUGCUGAUGAGAAAAUUGUGACGUUUAGCUUGAAUCCUUCGAUGGGAUCGUGUUUGGUCAAGAAAGAAGUUAUUUUGGAGAGACCCGGUAUCUCAGGGACCUCGAUAAGGCCAGAUGGUAAGAUUUUCGCCACAGCUGGGUGGGAUCACAGGGUGAGGAUACAUGACUAUCGGAAAGGGAAUGCGUUGGCUAUACUGAAAUACCAUCACGCAAUUUGCAAUGCUGUCACAUUUUCACUGAUGGCUUCAUCUUCAGAAGAUGCCACUAUAGCGUUAUGGGAGCUUUAUCCUCCUACAAAUUGACAUUAUAAUGUGUAAGCCUACAUUUAUAAGAUUGUAGUGUUCUAUGGUUUAUUUUGGUCA